AUGGCCACGGAAAGCUCCAGCCGCAGCAUAAGCCUCACCGGCGCCGCAAGCCUGGUGCAGCAGCUCAAGAUCGAAGGCUUCAGCGCGACGGCGAGCAUGGCCCUGCACCAGUUCAUCGCGUCGAGGUGGACCGUCGACGGGUACGAGUGCGAGGUCCGCAUCUACCCCGCAACGACGUGCAUCGUCAUCAGGGGGCACAGGACGACCUGGGUGGCGCUGGAGCUUAUCUUCGUCAGCGAGUCCCGCACCGGCGGCUCCAGGGUGAGCAUGGGCUGCCGGCUCGUAGACCCCAGCGGGAAGCUUCAACCAUCGGAGGAGCACAAGGUAAGCGUGUCCAAGAAAUUCUGCCAUCCCAACGAGUCCUCGGGCCUCCUGUUCCUCCAGAAUAGAAAUGAUCUGGCGGCGUCGGGCUACCUCGUUGGCGAUUGCUUGGCCCUGGAGUGCACCAUCACGGUGCUCAAGGAAUUGCCGGUACCAACCAUCCCCGCUACCAAGGAAGUGGUCGAGCCGCCGUCCACCAAUCUGCAUCAGCACCUUGGCGAACUCCUGCAGAACGGCACGGGAGCCGACGUCACUUUCCUCGUGUCCGGCGAGUCGUUCGCCGCGCACAAGAACAUACUGGCUGCAAGAUCUCCGGUUUUCAUGGCGGAGUUCUUCGGCCACAUGAAGGAGAAGAGCUCCCGGCGCGUGGAGAUCGAGAACAUGGAGGCGCCCGUGUUCAAGGCGCUGCUGCACUUCAUCUACACUGACAAGGUGCCUGAAGAACUUGAUCAGCAGAAGCCGGACAUUGUAGGGGCCUGCACGAUGGCUCAGCAUCUUCUUGCGGCUGCUGACAGGUACGGGCUGGACAGGCUCAAGCUGCUUUGCGAGAUAAAGCUCUCCGCUGGCAUCACGGUCGACACGGCGGCCACGACUCUGGCGUUGGCUGAGCAGCACGACUGUGAGCAGCUCAAGGCCAAGUGUAUGGAGUUCAUCGUCAGCACUCCGGCGGUCCUUGAUGCUGUGUUGGCGACGGAAGGGUACAAGCACCUGGAGAUGAGCUGCCCUUCGGUGCUUACUGGCAUUCUCAAGUCUACCCGUGGGAGAAAGAACUGA